AUGAUGAAUUCGUUUAAGGGAAAAGAAACUUCAGUUUGCACACAGAAGAACAUCGUGAUUCCGAAACAGCCUAAAGGAAAAGGAAGUUCCGUUUGCACAGAGAAGAAGAAGAUUGUGAUUCCGAACAACCAGAACGAGAAGCUGGUGGGUCUGCUUCACGAUACUGGUUCGAAAGAAAUUGUGGUCUUGUGCCAUGGAUUUAACUCGAACAAGGACAACCAAAUCCUGAAGAUGGUCUCUACUGCUUUAGAGAAAGAAGCCAUCAGCUCAUUCCGUUUUGAUUUCUCUGGGUAUGGAGAGAGUGAAGGGAGUUUCAAUUACGGUAACUACAAGUACGAAGCGGAGGAUUUACAUUCCGUUAUCCAACAUUUUUCUAACACCAACCGCGUAGUUACCACCAUUCUCGGCCACAGUAGAGGAGGCGAUGUCGUUAUUCUCUAUGCCUCCAAGUAUCCCGUUCGCAAUGUGAUCAAUAUCUCGGGACGUUUUGAUCUUAAAAAAGGCAUACGUCUUGGAGAAGGUUACCUUGAGAAAAUCAAGGAACAAGGGUUCAUCGAUGCUACAGAAGGAAAAUCCGAGUUCCGUGUUACCGAGGAGAGUUUAAUGGAGAGGUUAAACACGGAUAUGCAGCAAGCUUGCCUCAAGAUUGGCAAAGAAUGUAAAGUCUUGACGAUUCAUGGAUCAGGUGACGUGGUAGUACCGGUGGAAGAUGCCAAGGAGUUUGCAAAGGUGGUGCCAAACCACAAGCUGGAGAUUGUGGAAGGAGCUAAUCAUGGUUAUAGCAAGCAUCAGCGUCCACUGCUUUCAAUAGUUAUGGAGUUUAUAAAGUCAAGCAUUGCCAAGAACUAG